CGGGCCAGCGUAGACGCGCAAAAGAGGAGCGCGAGCGACGUCGGGCCUGCGCGCGCAGAAAUCAAUGCGCCCUCUCACUAUCCCCCAACCCCCGUUGUGGACGGCGCGAUAUUGUCCCGGGAACCAGAGGCGGAGCAUCGCCACGGACGUGGAGACGGGGCCAUGCCAGGGCGACGCUGAACGCGGAGGCGCGAACUCUGCCGCGAGUCUGGAAGGAUCGAGCCGACGGGGAGGAGCUCCGUCGCGGAGCCGAUCAUGGACGAGAACCUGAGCCGGGGGUACGUGCAGCUCGGUAAGGCGAGGAGACUGAACGAGAUGAAGCUCGGGGAGAACGGGUUCGCGAGGAUGUCGCCCCCCGUCGACAAGUGGAAUCUCAUAUACUUGUCGCUGAUGCUGGCUGGAGCCGGCUUCCUCCUGCCCUACAACAGCUUCGUUAUUGCGGUAGAUUAUUUUCAAGCAAGAUAUCCUGGGACAACCGUCAUAUUUGACAUGUCUGUUGUUUACAUCACAAUGGCUUUCUUUGCAGUCUUAGUCAACAAUAUAUUGGUUGAAACUUUAUCUCUUGGUGCAAGAAUCACAUUUGGAUAUUUGGUGUCCUUCUUAACGCUCAACUUCGUUGUUAUAUGCGAAGUAUGGUGGGAAGUUUUUGGAGUCGCAACUUCCUACACCAUCAACUUAGUGGCUGUAGCCAUAGUUUCUUUAGGAUGCACAGUUCAACAAUCCAGUUUUUACGGAUACACGUCGAUGUUACCAAGCCGUUACACUCAGGCUGUCAUGGCUGGCGAAAGCGCCGCUGGCUUUUGGGUCUCGAUAAAUCGAGUAAUAACCAAGUCUCUGGUGAACGACGAACGCGGCAACACGUCCAUGUUCUUCGCCCUGUCGAUUCUCACGAUCGUCCUUUGCUUCGUCAUGCAGCAAAUCAUUUACAAGACCGAGUUCGUCCAGUACUACAUCACUAUGUGCCAAGAAAAGAAUAAAAUCACCUUGGAGCCUCAAGAGGACGCUGGCCUGAUGGAUCCACUCGAUCAGGAGAAUGAAUCGUCGAGAGGUCAGUAUGGAGUGCUGAAAUUACAAACGAGUCCCAUGGGAACCGAUUCUGCCGGUGGAAGUAUCGACAUGACAAACACAACGGGUCAAUUCUUCGAGUUCUCCUUCAGCAAUCCGGUCUACGACCCGAACGCACCCUCGGGCAACUCGGCAGGCAGCGCUGGCCCGACUUACAAGGUCGAGGAUAUCGUCGUGAUGAGAGGCAGAUACGGGAACACCCAGGCCAGGAGGAGUAAAAGGUGGUCGGGAAUAAGACGUGGACUGACGGCUAGACUCGACGUCGCCAAAGUCAUCUACCCGUACAUGGCAAGCAUCGGAAUAGCCUAUUUCGUCACCCUGUGUCUCUACCCCGGCAUCAUUUCCGAGAUCGUCUCAUGCAAAUUUGGAUCGUGGAUGCCGGUAAUACUGAUGAGCUCCUUUAACGGCGCCGAUGUGAUCGGAAAGAUAUUGGCGACCCUGCCGUGCCAGUGGACGCGUACGCAACUACUCAAUUUCGCCUGCGCCAGAACACUACUAAUCCCGUUGUUCCUGAUGUGCGCGAUCCCGAGGCGCCUCCCCGUCCUCUCCAACGAGCUGUACGCCAUUCUGCUCUCGGUGUUCCUCGGCGUCACCAACGGCAUCGUUGGCAGUGUACCAAUGGUCCAAGCCCCGACCAAAGUUCCCGAGGAGCAUCGCGAGCUCGCAGGUAACAUAAUGACGCUGUCGUAUACGACGGGUCUCACCCUGGGCUCGAUCCUCGCCUACAUGCUCGACGCCUGCCUGGGUCCUGCCCUCACCACCAAGCAGCUCUGCCCGCAGCCGGUGCCCGCCCUGGGCCCCGGGCUCAUCAUUAACGUGACCAUGGAUCUCAUGAGUACCGCGGCGAACACCUGGCCUGCGAAGACGUCGACGACGAUGGCCACGACUGUCGCUGCGACGGUCCUCGCGACCGUCGAGCGCGCCACCAAGAAAGCGGGAGGCGCCAUCAAACGGGCCACCAAGAUGCCCAGGAUUAGGACGACGACUAUGGCGACGACGACGACGACGACGACGACAACAACGACCAACAUCGUCGCUACAUUACUCUCCACGAUCUUGCUUAGCGCCACGACGCCCGAGGGCUUCGCAGGUACCGACCUGGCAACCAAUACCACCGCGUCCGUAUUCUCUCAGCUGAUGACUAACGCCACGACGAUCGCUGGUAACACCGUUUAUCAACACUAAAGCCCGCGUCCUCCCUCUUUCCCCGUCACUUCGGCCGGAUUAUCUGUCCUUAAUCAUUGCGAGAGAAUUUGUUAAUAAGCCACGAUCUACGUCUCGGCACCUCAGCCACAAGAAUAAUCUAGCCGUUCAACAACUGACCGCGUCAACGAACUUUCUCAGCACACUUGUGCACGCUAGUCGUUCAUUUUCCUUUUAGCGUAUGUAGGACAAUGUGUUGGGAGACGAAUUUUCGAAUACGUAGUCACGGCAGUUUAUCAGAAUAAUGGGAACACUAAACACUUAGAACUCAAAAACGAUCGAUAUGAAUUGCAAAUUUAUACAAUAGGCCCCCUAAUUAUUUUUCACAUUCGCGCACUCGAAUUAAAA